AUGAAAUCCGCUGCAGUCUUGUUUCUGGUGAUAAACUGCCUGUCCAGGUGUCAUGGCUGGGCUUGCAACCUGGGUCCACAGCACUCGGGUGCAACACAGAUUGAUGCUGGACAGGGACAAGUUGUGAUGAGAAAUGACAAAUCUGAAGUGUUUGUUCUAAGUGGAUCGACGUGGAUCAGACUGGGUUCAGUCCCCAUCAAACACGUCUCAGUGGGACCUGCAGGAAUCUGGGGAGUUGACAGUUCAGACAACGUCUACAAAUAUGGUGGCAGUGAUUUUCUUCUUUCCCAAGGUCAGAGUCUUCACCAGGUGGAUGCUGGAGGUCAAGACCAGAUUGUUGGAGUCACCUCAUCUUCUACUGUUCACUGUCUGAGCAGUACCGUUGCUUCAGGUUUCAAGCAAGGCGACUCUCUGAGCUGGACCACCUUCCCUGGAGCGUUGAUGUAUAUCAGCUGUAGCUCACAUGGAUGCUGGGGGGUGAACUCUGGAAAGGAGAUCUACUUCACUAUGCCUGAUUCCUGUCAAAUGAAAGCAUGGACACGUGUGACUGGAGGAACAAAUAUGGUUGAAGUUGGGACUGAUGGAACUGUGUUUGUGGUUGGAAAUGGAUAUAUCUAUCAGAGAACUGGCAUCUCUGCUGAUGUUCCACAUGGAACUGGUUGGUAUCACAUCCCUAUGUCGAAGACCGUCAAGCAUGCAAGCUAUGACCUGGGGAACCUCUGGCUUGUGCUCAAUGGAGGAAUCAUCAUGAAGUGCAUUCAGUAA